UAUGUUGGGAAGAAGUCGUAGCUGAGGAAUUUAUACAAUGAAGCUGUGAUGUAAGUGAAUAAUUUAAGUGGUAUUCAAUUGAUUGGACGAGUUUUAAAAUGUUAUCUGAGCCACCGAAAAAUGUCCGUAGUGCUCAAUUCUGAGUUGGCGACCGGCAUGGAUGGUUUAGGCGAAGUGAUCAUCGGCAACAAGAUCUAUUCUGCCCGCUAUGCCCAACCGCCGAGAGCCGUCCUGGAACAGGAAUCUGAUGGAGGCAAAGUGAUUCAUGGCCAAGGUGGCGCCGUUUUCCCGGACGCCGUUGUUCCUGGAAGUGACGCAAUCGGGAACGGUUCUACAUCCGACGAGAAUCGUUCUUGGCUCCAUCAGAUUCGCCCAAAAGGCGCCCUCAUAACCACGGAUUUAGAUGAGCUGCCUGUCGUUGAAGAACCGGAUUACAUCAAUCUCCGCAUCCGAUCUGACUCUCAAUCCACCGAUGAAGGAGAAACGACGCCGACUAUUUUCAAAGUCUCGGCAGGUCGCAAUGCAUCCACUAGCUCGUAUGGACGCGAGGAGAAUAUUUAUGAAGAAAUCAACGAACUGCAACGGCGCCUGGCCUUGGAAAAGCAGCAGUCAGUAGCCAUGGCAACGCGAGCACAACAACAUGUACCGGCUUUCCAGCAGGCGUCUACGAGCUUGGUGGAUGAAGUAAUGGACGAAGUGGCUCGCGUUCGCCGUGGCCACAAUAUAGUUCUCAAUCAACUGAAUCUGGACUUGGAGCAUUUUCUCAAACCGCAAACACCUGAGCCGUCGCCGCCGUUGCCGUUGCCGGAACAGCAACUGAAUCUCCCGCAAGAUUUCGAUGGUCUGGAUCAACUUGUCAAGAAUCGUUCUCAUAGCAUCGGUGAAAGUGCUUGUGAUAAAGUGUCGACAGUGUUUUCGACUCCGCCGACGGGCCGUUUGCCGCGGAAAUUUAUCUCGCACAAUCGCUCCAGCUCGUCGGUUUCGUUCACCAUGUCACAUCUAAUCGGAGCCGGUGAGCGAUCUUUAGUGCGUUGUGAGUCGCUUGACUUUACUGCCCACGAAGUUGGAGUCCAUCGUCGGCCUAGUGUUACCUCGCGCGGUUCUACUUCCACUUCGUCCUCGGUGGCAUCCAGCAAUCGAUCGGAUCCGCGUCAGAGCAUCCGCAACCUUCAUCAAGGCCUCCAGCAUGGAAUCCAAGGCCUCGCCGACUGGACGGAAAAGUGCGGGCAGAUGCUGGCCAAGCGGAGUAAGAAGGUGAUCGCCUUCGUCAAUAAAGAUCGACGCUCAACCUGUGAGGCCGAGCCUACCGCUGGUGAUGUUGCAGCUUCAGCUGCUGCUGCCGACUGCCUGGCCUCUUCACCAACUCUCGGUCUGCCUUCGACAAAUGGAAGCGAUGUGGUGGACUCGGAGAACAGGAUUUAUGAAGAUAUCGAUCAACAUUCUACCGGCAGCAAUUCUAUGGCCGGUCUGGAAACGUCGCCUGAUAGUUUGGCCGUCUCACCGGCCAAUGCCGCCGCCACCGAUUCCGGUUUCUCGUCCGGCCAGACAAACGGACGCCACAAUCACCAUCAAGUCCCAUGUAGCUCGGACGACAGUUGGGGAUCUGGCGAGUUUGAAACGUUUUCCUCGGACGAGGCCGUCGACGACGAUGACGACGAAGAUGCCGAAAAAAUCAAUUCGCCAACGAGAUCUGGCACUCUGCGAGCCCUGCUGACUGGCAAAUCUAUCCGAGACAAAUUGCGCGGAACGCGUAGUCGCAGUCGCGAAGAAGAUAAAUCGAGUUGUGCUGCUGCUAUGGAGACGCCGACUGCUGGACGUGGUGUCACCUCGCCGCCGUCUGGAGAGCGUCGUUUUUCCCGUCUCUUUUCGCUGAGACGCUCCUCCGCCAGCCUCCCGUCUCCCAGUGCUCACAAUAGCAGCAGCAGCAGCGAUAACUCAUUCAUUUCGGCUGGUUCCACUCCGUCAUCCAGCGGCAAUCCGGUGGCAGAGUCGAUGGCCAAAACCUCCAGCCCGUUCGGCCGACCGCUGCCAUUACCUCAACUGCUGGAAGAGGACGAGAUUAUGGCCGGAUUGGGUUUGGGCAACGGGAGUUCGACUUUGGGUUCCCUGUUUAUGCGACGUCAUCAGCCUCCAACGUUGCCGCCUAUCCCCCCGCAGCUGAGCGCGGAGCAACUCAAACGGCGCUACAUUGUCGCCACCAUUAUACACAGCGAAAAUUCUUACGUGUCCUCCCUUCAACGCCUUGUUAACGAAUAUAAGAAGCCGUUGGAAGAGAGCAAUCCACCUAUUCUUGGUUCGAACAAGAUAUCGACGCUGUUCCACCGCUUACCGGAGAUCCUGCACUGCCAUACGUUAUUUCGGCUGGCCCUGUCCGAGUGCGCUCGAACGUGGGACACAGAAGAAAAGAUUGGCGAUGUCUUUGUGGCCAACUUCUCCAAAGCUGUGGUUUUGGACAUUUACAGCGAUUUCAUCAAUAAUUUCUCACAGUCGCUGGAGGUAGCCAAGCAAGAGUCAAAACGCAAAUCCGCCCUAGCUGAUUUUCUCAAGGUCAAACAAAUAUCCUCUCACGACCGGUUGUCGUUCUUCGGUCUCAUGGUCAAACCAGUUCAAAGAUUCCCUCAAUUCAUCCUCUUGCUUCAGGAUUUACUGAAGCACACUCCGCAAGGCCACCAGGACCGCAUGUCGUUGCAGUUAGCCCUAACGCAACUGGAAAGUUUGGCCGAGUUGCUCAACGAACGAAAGCGGGAAACGGAGCAGUACCAGGCUUUCCGUGACACGCUGCGCCACGUUUCGGGCAAAUUUUCACUUCGCCCGCUGGCCGAUAACAACCGAUACCUCCUCCGUCAGGAUAAUAUGAAUCUCGUGGAAUUCAACCAAAGUGGGAUGAUUUCCAAAACAAAAGAGCGACGCUUGUUGUUGCUCAACGACCUACUCGUCUGCGUCACCGUUGCCUCUAAAUCGGGAGAUGAUUAUCGAAACUCAUCCGAGAGACUAACGCUCAAAUGGGCGUUCCCAAUCACCGAUGUGGAGGUGGAAGAUACGAGUACAUCACCCACACUCAGUCGAUUGCUCUCCUCCGGCUCUAACAUGCGAUCCUCAGAAGCCAUUAGCGGCGUUGAUAAUCUGUGCCAAGAAAUGAACCAGCUGAUGCAUGAUUAUGAAGUGAUUACGCGCAUCGAUUCACUGAUUGUUACCCUUCACGGCCAAUACGAGACUUUGGAUAGGAUUGCAACGCGAGCCGCUUUGAAUCGCAUCCAGCAGCAGCUCCAGCAAAAGGAUGAAGAGAUGGCAUGGAUCGAUUCGUGCUGUCUACAGCUGUUGGUUCGCAAUCGUUCCGGGAAGGAGGAAAAGUUCACGUUUCAAACCGAAUCGCCCGACAUUAGAAAAGAUUGGGUCAUAGAACUACGCCUGGCGCAGUUGGCCUUAGACCCCAAAAACUCACCCUCGUGGGAUGUACUUGAGCAAGAGAGGCGGCCUUCGACAAAGAUGCCUUUGUUUGUCAAAUCUCUGCCUGUCUACAGAUCGCACCAUGAAACUGAAGUGCGUUGCGGGUGUUUCUACACGAUUCUGGUGAGAAAAUCAGGGCCUAGUGUCCGCUGCCUGGGACCUCGCCUCCAAAAUUACCUUUGGGUAGUAACUAGCGAUGGUAUCAGUAGCCACGUUACUCUGUUGACCAGCCAACAGCCGGUCGGGCCGUCCUUGAAAGAAGCCGGUGCCUUCAGUUUAGUAGAGGUCAAAGUUACAUCGGUCGAGUUCUCGCCGGGAACGCAAAUCCUCUACGAUAACGAGUCGACGGAUCAAAUUCGAGGCGAUUUGGUUUGGCUGGGAACAGAAAGUCGAAGAAUUUUACUUUAUUCGGCUCACGAGCCGAGCAAAACGGGGCAGGUGGGUUCGCUCAAUCUUCCGGCGCCCGUCGUUCAACUGCGUUAUCACUGGGACCAAAUGUUUGUGGCUCUGGCCAACGGAAUUGUGGCCAUAUUUAAGCGCAACAGUAUCGAGGGUGGCUGGGAGCUGAACGCUCCCGCUACGCUCGUUUCCAUGGGAGAUGAACCGGUUGUGUCACUGCUGCCCAUCGGUUCCGCCCUUUACGCCGCUUGCGGUCGAAGUGUAUUCGUUCUCGACGGAAUCACCGGCGAAAUUCUGCGCAAUUUCAGUGUGCAACAAGACCACAGUGGAACCAUCAGUGCCAUGGCCCACUCGGGUGUCGGUUUAUGGAUAUCCCUGCGCCACAGCAGCACCAUCUGUUUGUACCACACGGAAACUUUUCGUCAUCUGCAAGACAUUAACGUGGCGUCGAAUGUCAAUCGCCUAACAGGGAAAAAGCUUUCGUGCAAUGUCCACGUCACCGCCCUAAUGGCCUCAAAAGGCCUUUUGUGGGUAGGGACCAAUGUGGGUAUCGCACUUAGUAUCCCUCUACCUCGGCUCGAAGGUGUGCCCAUCAUUAGUGGUAGGGCCAACGUAUCUCACCACGCCCACAGCGGGCCGAUCACCGUUUUCCUGACGAUGCAAAUGCAAAGUAAACCCACCAUGUCGCCUGCCUAUCCUUCCGUUUCGAUUCCGCAACCGGUUUCACUGCCAUCUAGUCUGCCGCCCAGCGGAACCAUCCAAGAAGAAAGUGAGAACGAGUCGACGUCGCCGCGCAGUAAGCCCGUGGCCAGCAUCAACCAGCUGGCCAGUCAUUUCAACACGGUGCCUAAAGUUCGCUCGCCACUGCUCGACAGUCCCUUGGUAUUGAGGCGUCGAAGCAAAGAAUCUUCUCCCUUGCUGGGCAAGCGGGUGUCGAGGACGUUGCCGAGAGGUCACGUUUUGUCCGCCACCGAGUGUGAUAUUUUCGGUCUUUACGGCGAACUUAUGAACAUUAAGGACUACGAGGAAGCCGAUGGAAGUGGGUUGAUGGGUGGCGGAGGCGGGGCUGGGGCCGGCGCGGUCAACAGUAUGUACGAAACGCUUCGGCGGAGUGAUCCCGACCUAGCUGCUAUUCCUGCCAAAGUCAGCACGCUGGACCGGCGGUUACACAUGAAAGCGGCUCGACCGCGCUCGCUGGAUCUGUCCAAUUGGUCGGUGGACUCGCGCUCGUCCCUCUACACGACGUCUUCGGGUUCGGAGGAUUCUGCCAGCCACACGAUGACGCCCAGUGCCACGAUGUCUACGAUGAGCAGCGGUCAGACGGCGACGCUGAAGCGCUGCCACCAACGCAAUUCAGACACGUUGAAAUCAUCUGUGGAAAAUCCCCGAACGGUGCUGACUCUUUCCGGUGGCCGUGGAUAUAUUUACACACACCAGAGAUGUCAACACGAAGGCGAACGGAAAAACUCGGUUCCUAGUCCAGCCAACAUCAACGAUGCCCAUAUCAUUUUAUGGGAAAUGAAAUUGUGAAAGUCUAAUCUUUCUCACUGAAAUAUUGACAAAUUGCAGCUGAAUGGCAGUUCUAAAAAAUAUAUGUUCCUUUGUUUAUUCCUUUGUGUGUGUGUGUGUGUAUUUUUCGUUUUGUUUCCCAUUUGGAGCUAUCGCGUAUUACGUUAUUUUUUUCCAGUUUCAAAAAGUACUGUGUCCGGAUGUACUCGAAUUUUUUCAUUUGUUUAGUUACUCUCAGAGUUGAAGUGGUUCGACACAUGCGCAGAAGAAGACUAUGCUUUCAUUUCUACGUUCCAUUGUCUUUUGUAUUCCCUUGUAUAUCAUCAUCUAUGUUGGCCCAUUGUAUUCUGUAUUCUUCCGCAAAGCGCCUUGGUCACAAAACACAAGAUUGGAAACAAAACGGAAAUAUAUAUAUAUUUUUUCUUGUUUCGUUUUUCUGUAUAAAUAAAUUCCAGUCCAAAUCGAG